CCUGCCACCUACAUUACCCACAAUGCAACUCGACCGCCUACUGUAAGGUUGUUCGACUGUUUCCUUUUCCAAUUUUUAGCUAGUCUUCAGCUCAAAAUAGUUUUUUGUUUGUUUAUCAAUCUUUAUUCAGGGAAGAGUUUUGUUAAAUGGUUUAGUGUUUUGGGAAAUGCGUGUACUGGUAUUCACUUUCUUGCCAAGAGUUAUUGAAAAGAUGCGCUAACGUGAAGCUACAGGCAGAAGGUGAUCAGCGUAGCAUAGCAUAAAGGCUGGAAGCAGGUGACAACCGCUUGUCUGGCUUUGUCCAAAGUUUGCAAAAUCUACCUACCAGCAGCAAUAAAAAAAAUGUUUUAGGUGGAGAUACACGCUGGAACUAUUUCUUGGCUGAGUGUAUUGAGGUUGUUAGGAACCCCGUAAGAACUCCUGGAGCUCACUGGCCCGGUGUUCCAGCACGUAACUCCACAUAAGAUGACAAAUGUUUUUUUUUACAAAAAUAAAAUGUUAAUCAGCGAGCUUUAGAAGUGCAGGUAGGUGGAUUUUUUUCACUUUGGCCAGAGCCAAAGUCUUUAUGGUAAGCUAAGAUAACUGCCUGCUGGCUUUAGCUUCACAUUUAACGUCAGCCUUCAAGAGGAGGACCAUUCAUGUACAGUAAGGUGGCUUAGUGGUAAGCGGUCACAUCUUAGGACAAUUCCGACGUGGAAUUGUCCUAAGUUACAGGGUUAAAGUGUACUUUGACUCCCUGCAGAUAAACUUCGGCUGCCGUUAUAAAACUGAUAAGUACCACUGUUCAUAGAGGUUUGUAUCGUUGGCUCUGACUUAAGAUCAGCUUCUCUGACCAACCUCUUAGUCAUUAAAGUAGCAAAUUGGAGAAUUAAUCUUUCAUAACUGUCAAAAGGUAACUCCUCCCCAACCCAAUUAAUGCCUUUAAUACAAGUAGCAUGGGACAACACACCAGCCCCGCCGCAGAACUGCAUCUCUCUUGAACUUGAUCUGCAACAGCAUGAGAACUCUCCAGGAAAAAAUCCUUGUUCUCUUUGUUCUUCUGUCUCUAAUCUGUACCGUUCAGGUCAAUUCACUGCCUGUACCUGAAGACUGGAAUGGUUUGAUCCAGCGGACCAAACGCUCUCUCCUGUGGCGUUGGAACAGCAUGAAGCCCGUGGGUGCCAGCUGCAGGGAUCAUGAAGAGUGCGGCACAAAAUACUGCAGGAAACAUAUAUGUUCCUUCUGGAACUGAAGAGGAUGCACAAACAAAACUCCCAGGGUGACAAACAAACAUCUGCCUUAUGGACCAAAGUGACCUGUUUCAAAAUGAACCCUGUAUGAAAUUACUGCUGUUAUAUUCUAGCUUGAACUCAAGACCUGCUGGCACUUUAUCGGACUUUUUCUGUGCAUUCAGUUAAAGUAAUCUGAUCUGGCACUGCAGUAAGCAUUUACAUCUAGAGCAACAUUGAUUUCUAUAAUUGAAUUAGUCUAAAACACUUGCAGGACAUCAGACAGGCUGUAUAAUAUGUUUUUAAAAGAAAAUAUAAAUACUCAUGCAAA